CAUUGCAUGCUUGAUCAAAAUGGCUUCCAACACAGAAAGCAAUAGUAACAAGGUAAUUGUUCACAACUUGCUCCCUCAUUUGGUUGUCUAUAAUGAUGGCACCAUAGAUCGUCUAAGAAACUUUCCAAUUGUUCCUCCACAACAAGAGGACCCUAAAACUGGUGUCUCAUCCAAAGACAUUGUCUUUUCCAAUGACCCUUACCUCACUGCUAGACUUUACCUUCCAAAACUAACACAAACCAAUGAUCAAAACCAAAAACUCUCCAUCUUGGUUUAUUUUUAUGGUGGUGCAUUCAGCUUUGAAUCAGCAUAUUCAUCCAUCCACCAUGCAUAUUGUAACCUCUUAGCUUCUCAAGCAAAUAUUUUGAUUGCUUCCAUAGAACAUAGAAAUGCUCCAGAGCAUUAUCUUCCUGCAGGUUAUAAUGAUUGUUGGGAUGGUCUCUAUUGGGUUGCUUCUCAUGCAACUCAAAAUCCCAUAAACAGUGACCCUUGGAUAAUCAAUCAUGGUAAUUUCAAUAGAGUUUUCAUUGGUGGUGAUAGUAGUGGUGGUAAUCUUUGUCACAACGUUGCUAUGCGUGCUGGUGUCGAGGAUUUACCUGGUGGUGUUAAAGUAUUUGGUGCUUAUCUUAACCACCCUUACUUUUGGGGUGCAAAACCAAUAGGGGAAGAACCUGUUAUAGGGUUUGAGGAGACUUUACAGUCUAGGAUUUGGAAGUUUGCAUACCCUUCUGCUCCUGGUGGGUUAGAUAACCCUAUGAUCAAUCCAUUGGCUUCUGGGGCACCUAGUUUGGCUACACUUGGUUGUUCCAGGAUGCUUAUUACUGCUGCUGGAAAGGAUCAACUUCUCUUUAGGGACAGAUCAGAAAGAUAUUUUGAGGCUGUGAAGAAGAGUGGAUGGAAAGGGGAAGUGGAAUUCUUUGAAGAGAAAGAUGAGGAUCAUGUUUAUUACAUGUAUGAUCUUGAAACUGACCAAUCUAAAAGAUUCAUUAAAGUUUUGGUUGAUUUUCUUCGUCAGUGAAAGAAGAAACUUUCAUGUCAUCAUUCUCCUUUGUAAUAAUAAAUAAAAUCUGGUAUUGUAUUUGUAAUAAA